AAGGAGCGAGGGGAAAGGGAAGAAAAUAGAGGAGAAAGCAGAGAGGGAGGCCUCUCAUCUCUGGGGUCGCUACCGGAGUUGAAGCGGUGCAGGAAGGGGAGUCUCGGUCCGGCCGGAAAUGAGCAGCUGGAUCAGAAGAGCCCAAACUUCGCUGCGCGGAAGGAACGAGUCGUGGGACUGUGUUUGCAGGGUCGUGAUGAAAGGGACUCGUUCGCGUGUCACGAGCUGCCUCAUCUCUUGGAGCGAAACCCCUGCCAAGCUGUGCAACUGACCAGAGUGAAGAGCCCCCGAAGGAGUAAUCUCUAAGCGUAUUGCCUGUGAUUUGGUCCUAUUGAUACAUCACCUGGUGGCGAGAAUACAGAAUUCACGGAGAAAUCUGCACACGCAGGUGUAGACGCUCAAGAGCGUCAUUCUCUGCAGGCACGGUGUCCAGGCUUGGGCUUCUGGUGACCCCACUCCUGGGUCCCUGGCCGCAGCUCCGGCACCUUUCCGCUUUCCCGCAGUACCCGCCCCACCCCGCCGGAUCCGGCAAAGAGAUGAAGAGCUCACUUACAAAGUUAUUUUAUACGUCCGUGUGCUUCCUCGUGACUAUUAGUGUGCAAAUUGGAAUUGACAGACCGGUCAUCAUAACUCACAUUUCUAAAGCUCUUCACAGUUAUGAAGAAUCUGAAGGGAGGAGAUAUUAUUCCUGGUUUAAAGUUGAGAAUUCUGUUUGAGGCAGUUUAAGCGACUUUAAGCCCUACAGCUAAUGUAAAAAGCAACAUUUAAGUUUCGGUUUUCCGGUUGUGAAGUGCGCACCGUUUCCACUGCACUGUAUGCGGAGCAUCUGUAUAGAUCCGUUGAAAAAAAGUAUGUACGACCCCAUGGAAGUCUACCAAUGAAACUAAUGAAAUUCAAGUUCACUAGCAGGAAGGGGUUCCAGGGAAAUGUAGUCACAAAAUUGCAAAACGUGUUUUCUCGUUGCUAGAAAAGAAUUGGCUUGGUGCACCGAUACAGUUUACCUGGCAAAAAACAUCAGGAAACUACCUUGCAGUAACAGGAGCUGACCAUAUUGUAAGAAUCUUUGAUCGCCAUGGUCAAAAAAGAAGUGAAAUUAACUUAUCUGGUAAUUGUGUUGCUAUGGAUUGGGAUAAAGACGGAGAUAUCCUAGCAGUGGUUGCUGAGAAAUCUAAUUGCAUUUAUCUAUGGGAUGCCAACACAAAUAAAACCAGCCAGUUAGAAAGUGGCAUGAGGGAUCAAAUGUCUUUCCUUCUUUGGUCAAAAAUUGGAAGUUUCCUGGCUGUUGGAACUGUUAAAGGAAAUUUGCUUAUUUAUAAUCGUCAGACAUCUCGAAAGAUUCCUAUCAUUGGAAAACAUACUAAGAGAAUCACAUGUGGAUGUUGGAGUACAGAAAAUCUGCUUGCUUUAGGUGGCGAAGAUAAACUUAUCACAGUUAGUAAUCAGGAAGGUGACACAAUAAAACAGUCACCAUUGAAAUCAGAGCCUAGCAACAUGCAGUUUUCCACAACGAGGAACGAUGACCGAACUUCUACUGCUGGAACCUUAAUAAGUGUGGUGCUUGGCAAGAGAUCUUUGUUUCUUUUUAAUUUGAAUCAACCAUAUAACUCAAUUGAUCUGGAAUUUAAGCAGAGCUAUGGCAACAUUGUCUGCUAUAGUUGGUAUGGUGAUGGCUACAUCAUGGUUGGUUUUUCAUAUGGAAUUUUUGUGGUCAUUUCCACUCAUGUUCAAGAGAUUGGUCUAGAGAUAUUUCAAGCUUAUGAUUAUAAAGAUAAUCUAACCAGUAUUGCAAUAUCACAGACCCUUAACAAAGCUGCUACAUGUGGUGAUAACUGCAUUAAAAUCCAUGGCUUGGCAGAAUUAAAAGACAUGUAUGCUAUAAUCAACCUGGAUGAUGAAAUUAAAGGGUUGAGUACCUUGUCCUGGACUGAUGAUGGCCAGUUGCUGGCGUUGUCUACCCAAAGGGGCUCACUCCAUGUUUUCCUGACCAAGCUUCCCAUACUUGGUGAUGCCUGCAGCACAAGGAUUGCAUAUCUCACCUCCCUCCUUGAAGUCACUGUAGCCAACCCUGUUGAAGGAGAGCUACCGAUCACAGUUUCUGUGGAUGUGGAACCCAACUUUGUAGCAGUAGGACUUUAUCAUCUGGCUGUGGGAAUGAAUAAUCGAGCUUGGUUUUAUGUCCUUGGAGAGAAUGGUGUGAAAAAAUUGAAAGAUGUGGAGUAUCUGGGGACAGUAGCCAGUGUUUGCCUUCAUUCAGACUACGCUGCUGCUCUUUUUGAAGGCAAAGUCCAGUUACACUUGAUAGAAAGUGAACUCUUGGAUACGCAAGAAGAGCGUGAGACUCGACUCUUCCCAGCAGUGGAUGAUAAGUGCCGGAUCUUAUGUCAUGCCUUAACUGGUGACUUCCUCAUCUACGGCACAGAUACUGGUGUCAUCCAGUAUUUCUACAUUGAAAACUGGCAAUUCGUUAAUGAUUAUCGACAUCCUGUCAGUGUGAAAAGGAUUUUCCCUGACCCCAAUGGGACCACAUUAGUUUUCAUUGAUGAAAAAAGUGAUGGAUUUGUCUACUGUCCAGUAAAUGAUGCUACGUAUGAGAUUCCAGAUUUUUCACCAACCAUUAAAGGUGUACUUUGGGAAAACUGGCCAUUGGAUAAAGGUGUUUUUAUUGCUUAUGAUGAUGAUAAGGCGUACACCUAUGUCUUUCACAGGAACACUAUACAAGGAUCCAAGGUCAUUUUGGCUGAUGGCACCAAAAUUCCCUUCUCUCAUAAACCUUUGCUGUUGUAUAAUGGAGAGCUGACCUGCCAGACACAGAGUGGACAAAUCAACAAUGUCUACCUGGACACUCACAGCUUCCUCAACAAUUUAAAAGACGUGGGGCCUAAUGAGCUGAGGCAGAUGCUGACACAGACCUUAGUGCUGAAAAGGUUCUCUGAUGCUUGGGAACUGUGCACCAUUCUGAAUGAUCACGACGCCUGGAAUGAGUUGGGCAGGGAGUGCCUCCAUCACAUGGACGUGGAGUUCGCAAUCCGCGUCUACCGGGCUGUCGGAAAUGUCGGCAUGGUGAUGUCCUUGGAACAAAUAAAGGGGAUCGAGGACAACAACCUUUUGGCAGGGCAUCUUGCCAUGUUUACUAACGAUUUCAACCUGGCUCAGGACCUGUACCUCGCAUCCAGCUGCCCCGUUGCUGCGCUGGAGAUGAGAAGGGAUUUGCAGCACUGGGACAGCGCUCUACAGCUGGCCAAGCGUUUAGCCCCGGACCAAAUACCACUUAUCUCCAAGGAAUAUGCUAUUCAGCUUGAAUUCACGGGUGAUUAUGUAAAUGCUUUGGCUCAUUAUGAGAAAGGAAUAACAGGUGAAAAUAAGGAACAUGAUGAGUUAUGUCUGGCUGGAGUGGCCCAGAUGUCCAUAAGAAUGGGAGACAUACGGCGAGGGGUUAACCAAGCCCUCAAGCAUCCCAGCAGGGUCCUUAAGAGAGACUGCGGGGCCAUCCUAGAGAAUAUGAAGCAAUAUUCGGAAGCAGCCCAACUCUAUGAAAAAGGCCUCUACUAUGACAAAGCAGCAUCUGUUUACAUACGCUAUAAGAAUUGGGCGAAAGUCGGGGAGCUUCUGCCUCAUGUCUCUUCCCCAAAGAUUUACCUGCAGUACGCCAAAGCCAAAGAAGCAGAUGGGAGAUACAAAGAAGCUGUGGUGGCUUAUGAGAACGCAAAGCAGUGGAACAGUGUCAUCCGAAUCUAUCUGGAUCACCUCAACAAUCCGGAAAAGGCUGUCAGUGUCGUCAGAGAGACCCAGUCUCUGGAUGGAGCCAAAAUGGUAGCCAGGUUUUUCCUACAACUAGGUGACUACGGAUCUGCCAUCCAGUUUCUUGUCAUGUCCAAAUGUAACAAUGAAGCUUUCACACUGGCUCAGCAACACAACAAGAUGGAAAUCUAUGCAGAUAUUAUUGGUUCUGAAAACACUACUAAUGAAGACUAUCAAAGCAUUGCCUUAUAUUUUGAAGGAGAAAAAAGGCAUUUUCAGGCUGGAAAAUUCUUCUUGCUGUGUGGCCAAUAUUCACGAGCACUUAAACACUUCCUAAAAUGUCCAAGCUCGGAAAAUAAUGCAGCAAUCGAAAUGGCAAUUGAAACUGUUGGUCAGGCCAAAGAUGAACUGCUGACCAGUCAACUGAUCGACCACCUGAUGGGGGAGAGCGAUGGCAUGCCGAAGGACGCCAAGUACCUGUUCCGCUUGUACAUGGCCCUGAAGCAAUACCGGGAAGCCGCCCGAACUGCCAUUAUCAUCGCCAGGGAAGAGCAGUCUGCAGGCAACUAUCGGAAUGCACACGACCUUCUCUUCAGUAUGUAUGCAGAACUGAAAUCCCAGAAGAUCAAGAUUCCCUCGGAGAUGGCCACCAACCUCAUGAUCCUGCACAGCUACAUUCUAGUCAAGAUUCAUGUUAAAAAAGGAGAUCAUAUGAAAGGGGCACGUUUGCUUAUUCGAGUGGCCAAGAACAUUAGCAAAUUUCCGUCACAUGUGGUGCCGAUCCUGACGUCCACGGUCAUCGAGUGUCACCGAGCGGGCCUGAAGCACUCGGCGUUCCGAUUCGCCGCCAUGCUGAUGAGACCCGAGCACCGCAACAAAAUCGAUGCCAAAUACAAGAAGAAGAUUGAGGCCAUGGUCAGGAGACCAGAUACCUCCGAGACAGAAGAGGUCACUACCCCAUGUCCGUUUUGUAAAUUUCUUCUCCCAGAAUGUGAACUCCUCUGUCCUGGUUGUAAAAACAACAUCCCAUAUUGCAUUGCAACAGGUCGACAUAUGCUGAGGGAUGAUUGGACAGUGUGUCCACAUUGCGACUUCCCUGCUCUGUACUCAGAAUUUAAGAUCAUACUGAACACGGAAAGCACAUGUCCCAUGUGUUCAGAAAGAUUGAACUUUGCUCAACUGGAAAAGCUCUCGGACUGCACCCAGUACCUGCAGACAGAGGUGGAGCCGUGAGUGGCAUGUGCAGUGGCUGCACCAGUCUGCAUUCCCACCAGCAGUGCACGAGGGUUCCUCACACCUUUUUAGACAGUUGCAAGGCCACAACUGAAACACAAUGCUGAUGACAGACUGAAGAUUUCUAACGUGGGAAUGUAGAGAUCCUGCUCCACAGUCCAUAAGCAAGCAAGAAAACUUCAGUGUACGUGGCUUUAUCACUAAAUGCCAGUUUCCUGAAACCCUUCUAAAGGCACGUGGCUGUGUUUGUUGUGCUUUCUAGAUAUGUUCCUGGGAAGACAGCAUUUUCCUAGGAGGCUGUGUUUAUGCCCUUGAUGGACCUUCCCGGGCACAGAAGACAAAAACCAAGGUGACCUUUCCAGGUUGCCCCUUUCAACUUCUACAGAGUGACAAAACAGUAACAUAUAACACUGCUGUUUAUUUCACUUCGUAUAUUUCCUCUUCAGAGUCUUACAGAUUAUAUGUUCUGCAUUGUUAAUAGUCACCUAUGACAUAAUUGUAAAUAUUCAGCUUUUUUGAAGUAUGUCCUUUAAAAUAAAAUUGCUAACUA